AUGUCCACCACAGGUCAGUCCUCACGUCCACCACAGGUCAGUCCUCACGUCCUGCACAGGUCAGUCCUCAUGUCCUGCACAGGUCAGUCCUCAUGUCCUGCACAGGUCAGUCCUCAUGUCCUGCACCAGGUUAGUCCUCAUGUCCUGCACAGGUCAGUCCUCACGUCCUGCACAGGUCAGUCCUCACGUCCUGCACAGGUCAGUCCUCAUGUCCUGCACAGGUCAGUCCUCAUGUCCUGCACAGGUCAGUCCUCACGUCCUGCACAGGUCAGUCCUCACGUCCUGCACAGGUCAGUCCUCAUGUCCUGCACAGGUCAGUCCUCACGUCCUGCACAGGUCAGUCCUCAAGUCCUGCACAGGUCAGUCCUCAUGUCCUGCACAGGUCAGUCCUCACGUCCUGCACAGGUCAGUCCUCACGUCCUGCACAGGUCAGUCCUCAUGUCCUGCACAGACGGCAGCCCGAGUCCCCCCACAGCGGCCCCUGCCUCUCGCCUGAGUUUGGGGGUCGCAGAUAUAGCGGUGCUGGUGGCAUACUUUGUCUUUGUGAUGGCGGUGGGCAUCUGGGCCUCAGUACGGGCCAAUCGCAGCACAGUGGGCGGGUACUUCCUGGCGGGCCGAUCCAUGACCUGGUGGCCGAUCGGUGCGUCUCUCAUGUCCAGUAACGUGGGCAGUGGGCUGUUCAUAGGCCUAGCUGGAACGGGGGCUGCAGGGGGCCUGGCUGUGGGGGGCUUCGAAUGGAACGCGGCCUGGGUGCUCGUGGCCCUGGGCUGGGUCUUUAUCCCAGUCUACAUCUCCGCUGGGGUCCUCACAAUGCCAGAGUAUCUGUGGCGUCGUUUCGGAGGGAGGCGCAUUCGCAUCUACAUAUCUGUGCUGUCCCUCAUCCUCUACAUCUUCACCAAGAUCUCGACGGACAUCUUCUCUGGGGCCCUCUUCAUCCAGGUGUCUCUGGGGUGGGACCUGUAUCUGUCCACAGCCGUGCUGCUGGUCGUCACGGCAGCCUACACCAUCGCAGGAGGCCUGGCUGCAGUCAUCUACACAGAUGCUCUGCAGACGGUCAUCAUGGUGGGCGGGGCCUUCUCCCUCAUGUUCAUCGCCUUUGAGCGGGUGGGCUGGUACGAGGGGCUGCAGCGCCUCUACCCUCUGGCCGUGCCCUCAGUGACCGUCCCAAACGCCACGUGCCACCUGCCCCGUCCUGACGCCUUCCACAUGCUGAGGGAGCCACUGAGUUCAGACAUGCCCUGGCCCGGACUCCUGUUUGGGCUGACGGUGCUGUCCACCUGGGUGUGGUGCAUGGACCAGGUCAUCGUGCAGAGGUCUCUGUCGGCCAAGUCUCUGUCCCACGCCAAAGGGGGCAGUGUACUGGGGGCCUACCUCAAAGUGCUGCCCAUGUUCUUCAUUGUCAUGCCUGGGAUGAUCAGCCGCGCUCUCUACCCAGAUGUCGUGGCCUGUGUGGACCCAGAGGUCUGCCUGAGCGUGUGUGGGACUGCGGUGGGCUGUUCCAACAUCGCGUACCCCAAACUGGUGAUUGAGCUCAUGCCUUCAGGUCUGCGCGGCCUCAUGCUCGCCGUGAUGAUAGCGGCGCUCAUGUCGUCUCUGACCUCCAUCUUUAACAGCAGCUCCACCCUGUUCACCCUGGACCUGUACCAGCGGCUGAGGCCCGGAGCCAGCGAGAGGGAGCUCAUGGUGGUGGGAAGACUCUUCAUCCUCCUCCUCGUCUGCAUCAGUCUGUUGUGGAUCCCUGUCAUUCAAACGGCCAACAGCGGACAGCUCUUUGACUACAUCCAAUCAGUGACCAGCUUUUUGGCCCCGCCCAUUACAGCUGUGUUCCUCCUGGCCAUUUUCUGGCCCCGCGCCAAUGAGCAGGUACGUCCCACAGAGAGGUCCCACAGAGAGGUCCCACAGAGAGGUCCCACAGAGAGAGGUCCCACAGAAAGGUCCAACAGAGAGGUCCCACAGACAGGUCCCACAGAGAGGUCCCACAGAGAGAGGUCCCACAGAAAGGUCCAACAGAGAGGUCCCACAGACAGGUCCCACAGAGAGGUCCAAUAG